GGUCGGGGGAGAGCCUCUCUGGCAGAGGAGACAGCAUGUGCAAAGGUCCGGAGUUAAGAAACAGCUUUGAGGGAACUAGUGGUUUUAGGAAUGGUCCUCAAAAGAUAAUGUCCUGACCUCUGGAACCUAUGAACCUAUGAAUGUGACCUUAUUUGGAAAAAGUCCUAGCAGAUGUAAUUAAGUUAAAGAUCUCAGGAUAAGAUAUCCUGGGUUACCCAAGUGGAACCUACAUCUAAAUACAAGCUUCCUUAUAAGAGACAAAAGAGAAGACAGUGAGAAGAGGAAAAAGCCGUGUGAAGAGGGAGACAGCAAGUGAACUCAAUUUCUACCCUCCCUCCCCUUCCCCGGAGGCUGGAGGUGAGAGGUCCACAAGUUGGGGGACAUCCUGUACCUCAAAGCCCCAACCCUCUAAUCACGUGACUGGUCUUUCUGGUCCCGACCAGCCCCCAUCCUGGGUCACCUCAUUAAUGUAAACUCAGGUGUGGUCAGGGAGCUCCCCCCCAGCCCGUGAAUAACAAAGACGUGCCUAUCGCAUACCUGGAAGUUCCAAGGACUUAGAGGUUGUCACCCAGGAAACAGAGCCAGAGACCAGAUGUAUUCUCCAACAUACAAUAGCAAUGCACAAGGAGCCCGGGGCCCACUUGUUCAUUUAACAAAUAUUGACCAGGCACCUGCUAGGAGCCAGGCACAGUUCUAGGUGCUGGAGAUCCAGCAGGAUAAACAGACACUCACCGCGGUCCUACAGGAGCUGAUGUCCUAAUGGGAACAACUGGCAAUACAGAAGAUAAGUAAACUGCAGUGAUGAGUCAGAAGGUGGAAAGAGCCAAGCAGAGAUGAGUGGGAGUGCUGGGAGGGGGUGCAACUUGAAAAAGGGUGGUUGGGGAAGGCUUUGCCUUGUGAAUUUGAGCAAAGACCUGGUUAAGAUCAGGUUGAGCCAUGUGCGUAUCUGGGAGGAGGGCAUUCCAGGCUGAGGGAACAGCCAGUGCAAAGGCCCUGGGGCAGGAGUGUGCCUGCCUUAGGCCAGCAGUGGCUGGAUUUGAGCAAGGGGGGAGGAGAGGGCAGACAGGGGACAGGGCCAGAUCCUGCAGGUCUGUCUAGGCCACAGUGAGGACUUGGACUUGUGUGGCAGGUGCGGGGGGCAGCGUUAGAGCAGAGGACAGACGUGAGGGGACUUAGGUCUUCACAGGCUUCCUCUGGCUGCAUAUAGAGAACAGACUGUGGCAGGUGAGGGCUGAGGCAGGGAGGCUGGUGAGGUGAGUAGGUAACAGUGAUAUUCAGGUGGGUUAUGGUGGUGGCAGUGGGGGUGAUGAGACGUGGUCGGAUUCUGGAUACAUUUUGAUGGUCAGCCAACAAAUUUGCUGACGGACUGCACUGUCAGUAGGCAGUGAGAGGCAGACAGAAUCACAAGCCCCCUCCAAGGCUUUGAGCCUGAACACCUGGAAGGAUGGAGCUGUUACUUACCUUGAUGUGGAAGGUGACUGGGGGUGGGGGGUGGGGUUCAAGGCAGAGAUGAAGGGUUCAGGGUGACUUCCUCCUUGCCCUGGGUGCAUUAGCUCUAGCUGGAGGCGGAUCCACGUUGGAGCCCCAGCUCCCCGUUCACUGUGACCCACCCCCGGCGAUCAACCCAACCUCAGCCCGCUAGAGCGCGAGUCCCGCUGAGCAGCCCUCCGCGGCGUCAGCUGCAGCCUACCACCACCAGGUGGCGCCCCUUGCACCAGCCCGAUCCACCCCAGCUCAUCUUCCCCCCCAAAAUUUCCUUUCACUUUCGAUCUCUGGCUGUCACCCGGCGUGGCCCCUUCCACACCCAGCUGGGGCAAGCCUGAUCCGGCCACAGGCAUGAGGGGCCCCCGGCCGAAAUGAUAGUGCUGGCGCCAGCCUGGAGCCCAACUACCUCCCUGCUCCUGCUGCUGCUGCUCUUCCCCGGCCUCCGUGGGACCCCAGACUGCUCCUUCCGCCACAGCCCCAUCUCCUCCACCUUUGCCAGCACCAUCAGCAAGCUGUCUGACUACCUGCUUCAAGAUUACCCAGUCACUGUUGCCUCCAACCUGCAGGACGACGAGCUCUGCGGGGCAUUCUGGCGUCUGGUGCUGGCCCAGCGCUGGAUGGGACGGCUCAAGACCGUGGCUGGGUCCCAGAUGGAGAAGCUGCUGGAGGCUGUCAACACCGAGAUACACUUUGUCACCUCAUGUGCCUUCCAGCCCUUCCCCAGCUGUCUUCGCUUCGUCCAGGCCAACAUCUCCCACCUCCUGCAGGACACUUCCCAGCAGCUGGUGGCCUUGAAGCCCUGGAUCACUCGCCGGAAUUUCUCCAGGUGCCUGGCACUGCAGUGUCAGCCAGACUCCCCCACCCUGCUGCCCCCAGGGAGUGCUGGGGCCUUGGGGGCCACAUCCCCGCCGGCCCCUCAGGCCCCUCUUCUGCUCCUCUUGCUGCUGCUGCUGCUGCUGCCUGUGGCCCUCCUGCUGCUGGCCACUGCCUGGUGCCUGCACUGGCGAAGGAGCAGACGGAGGAGGAUACGGAGGCCCAGAGAGAGGAGUCACCUGCCAGGGGACGCAGAGUCGGAACUUGGAGGAAGUCAGCUAGAAACGGGUCCUUUCCUUGGCCGCACUGCUCCUGUCACUGUCUCCCCAGGAUGGAGGCAAAGCUAGCACCCAGAACCGGCCCCGGCCCCACCCUCCCCUCUCUGUACAAAAACUUUGUCCCCGGGAAAUUGUAUAUAAAUCAUUCU